UGAAGGCUGCAGUAUACCGAGUGUCCUAUAAACAAAACGGCAUUCGUAGGACGAACGAAACGGAACGUAACAUGGUUGCUAUGACAGCACGCCACUCUCUAAUGUGCGCGAGCGAGUGAGAAGGUAACAAAGUCCAUUUAGAAAGGAAUGUAUGAGGUAAAAUUUAGAAGAGUUAUAGUUAUGUAAAGAGAAAAUAAAAUAUAUUUUUACAGGGUGUUCUUUUAGUAUAAUACUUUAUUUUAAUUAUAUAUAUUAAUAUAAUUAUACAUAUAUUUUUUUGUUGUUGCAAUAAUUAUACAUAUUAUAAACUCUGCACCAAUCUACUGAGGUACUUCAACUUGGGAAUUAACAUUACUUGCGUUUGAACAUCAUAUUUACGGGCAAAUUGGCGUAAUAUUUUUCCCGUUAAAGUAGAUCGCAUUAGGAGUGUCCUACUCGCCUUUCUGAAUCGAGACAGCCUCGAUGACUUACAAACGCGACCUCCGGAGGACAAACGAGACACAGCCAAAUGGACGUUUGAGGUACGUUUGCUGGGUGCAGCAGGCUUACCAGGAGACCGACUCAGUGAUCAGUUCAGUGAGCACGAAGGUGAAAGGAAACAUUCUGACCAAUUCAUCCAUUGAUGGGGUUCAUGUUUGGGAUGUGGCGGAAUAUGUCAUCCCACCCCAGGGUGAAAACUCUUUCUUUGUGUUAACAAAUAUGAUUUUCACACCUAACCAGACACAGAGCAGCUGUCCUGAGGUCCCAAGCAACUUCACUGUCUGUGAGUCUGACAAUGAUUGCAAAGAGGGACUCAAUGAAGUCCAUGGCAAUGGUGUUCAGACUGGUCGAUGUGUAAAAUACUCUGAAAGCAUCAAAACGUGCGAGGUGCUUUCAUGGUGUCCACUUGAAAAUGACACCAUAAUUCCAGAACCUGCUUUGCUAGGUGCUGCAGAGGACUUAACAGUUCUCAUCAAGAAUAACAUACAAUAUCCCAAGUUCUAUUUCAGAAAGCGAAACAUUCUGCCUCACAUCAACUCCACAUACUUAAAACACUGCACCUUUAAUCGUAAAACAGACCCAAACUGUCCUAUUUUCCGUCUGGGGGACAUUGUGUCUGAGGCAGGAGAAAUCUUCAGUGUCAUGGCUGUUAAAGGUGGUUUUAUAGGGAUUUUCAUUGACUGGAGUUGUGACUUGGACUUUCCAGCAUACUUUUGUGUACCAAAAUAUUCUUUCAGCAGACUGGACAACAAAAAGCUUGAAAAUAAUGUUGCCCCUGGCUACAAUUUCCGAUUUGCAAAAAUUUUUAAAAACAGUGAAAAUAUUGAAACACGGACAUUGAUAAAGGGCUAUGGAAUCCACUUCGAGGUCAUCGUUUUCGGCAAGUCUGGUAAAUUCAGCAUUGUGGCCACUAUUGUAAAUCUUGGGGCCACUCUCGCCUUUCUAAGUUUGGUAAAUGCUAUUUGUGACUGGUUCAUGCUUACUUUUAUGAAGGACAGUGACUACUAUGCCAAAAACAAAUUUAUCCAUCUGAAUCAAAAUAGUGAUAGUGGUGUUCCAUUGAGCUCUGUUGAGACAACCUCAUAUGGAACUCAGUGAUGCUGUGAAUUGGAUGUUUCAACGGAAUGGACAAUUUCAUCACACUUAAAACCAAGAAACUGCAUGCAUGAUAAUUGAAGAAUAAAGAGAAAAAAUUGCUGUUUAAAAUCGUUUUAGAUAGUGUGUAUUCUGCAGGACAUCUUCUAAGAAUAAGCUAAAAUCACAACAAAAGCUAUAUUAAUUAUUGAAGUAGGGCCUACAAAAAAAAUUCUGCACAAUUGUGUAGAAUUAGCUGCUAAAAUAAAUGGUAUUUUGGUGUGGCUUGCUUUUGUUUCACAAAUAUGUUCAGUUUCAUAAAUUGACUAGUUUAGUGACCCCUUCUGGAGCUGCCACUAGGUGACGACAAAUGAGAGUCUUUGAAUCAUUUUGAGACGUUCACGACCAUUUUGUACAUAUAAUGGAAACCUGGCUAGCAACACAUUUAAAACCCAGUUUUAUUCUACUUGAAAUAUUUUCCAGGACAUUUAUGUAUUUUUAAAUUUCCAUGACUGGAAAACUGCAUUGCAAAAUUCCAGGUUUUCCAGAAUAUGUGGGAAUCCUGUCUAGAUUAAUUAGCUGUUUUUGUUAGUUGCGUCAAAGACGUAUGCAUCUGUGUUAAAAAAACAGACUUGAUAUCCUGCUUUUAUUCUGAUAAUUUUUAUUUGUAUUCCUUUUUUUUAUUAUUU